AUGAAAUUUAUCAUUGUUGUGUUCCUCGGCAGCCUGCUGGUGAUUUGCACACAAUCCUCUUAUGUUUACGAACCAUCGCCAUUUGAGAAUUUACAGCCAGAUUAUAGUGCAAAAAAUGCUAAACAACAACAAAACGAACUCUUUGCCAACUAUUUUUUUAACUUUUCGCAGCAUGAAGAGAAAUAUAAUCGACCGCACAAAACGGAAUGCAGUACCAAAUGCUUCUGUGGUACACCGAAUGUUAAUCGUAUUGUUGGUGGCACACAGGUGCGCCAAAAUAAGUAUCCCUGGACGGCUCAAUUGGUCAAGGGUCGCUAUUUUCCGCGUCUAUUCUGUGGCGGUUCGCUGAUUAAUGAUCGUUAUGUGCUGACUGCUGCACAUUGUGUAAAAAAUAACCGUGAUCAGAUAACAAUACGCUUACUGCAAUUGGAUAGAUCAUCGCGCGAUCCUGGUAUUACAAGGCAGGUUUCGAGAACAAUAAUUCAUCCCGGCUUUGAUUCUACGCGCAUUGUCAACGAUCUGGCUUUGCUAAGGCUUGAUAGUCCGGUACCGAUGGCAGAGAAGGUCAGACCUGUUUGUUUGCCUAUUGCCAAUCAAAAUUUUGAAGGGAAAACCGGCAUUGUGGCCGGUUGGGGUCUAAUAAAGCAAGGCGGUGUAACGUCGAAUUACUUGCGAGAAGUAACUCUUCCCAUAAUAACGAAUCAGGAGUGUCGCAAUACACGCUAUAAGAAUAAAAUACAAGAUGUUAUGAUUUGUGCCGGCCACGUAAAGCAGGGAGGCAAAGAUGCCUGCCAAGGUGAUAGUGGCGGUCCAUUAAUUGUUAAUGAAGGCCGCUUUAAACUGGCGGGUGUAGUUUCGUUCGGUUUCGGUUGUGCUCAACCCGAUGCUCCCGGUGUUUAUACCCGUAUUAGUAAAUUUGUAGAUUGGAUACAUACUAGCACGCGGGAUAGUUGUUAUUGCAGUGGUUAA